UUAAACAGGGAAAAAAGGUGUUUUCUCCAUGACGGUGGGGUUCUGCUACCCUACGACAUUUGUAUGUGUACUAAAAACGCACGUUAAGGGGUUUAGGAUCGAUAUGAUACUACCAAGGGAAAAGAUAGUUUCGCUCCAAGUAACAAGAUCGCUGGGAAGGAGAAGUUGAUGAACAGGUAUUGGGAAAUUUCUUCCUCAGAAUUCGGACAGCGCUAGUGCUGUAAAGUUGCUGUAAAUACCAGUAAAUACAAUAAACUAUAGUAGUGUCGGUGAAAAGGGAAUUUUGCGAGGGGUACGGAAGGAGGAAAAAGUCAGGCGAUUGGCGCGUACGCACAGGGCGCAGGCCUCAUUUUGCUGCAGACAUCGUGUCGCACGACGACAUCGUCGUCGUUGUCGUCGUUGUCCUCAUCUUCAAAGUCGCUUUUUGUAUCAAAUAAAAAAAACAAUUUUUUCUUAACUUAAAAUUACCGCGUUUUCAUUUAUUUAUUAUUUUAUUUUUUUUCUCUCAUUCAAAAAUCGACUGAAAAUAUGGCCACGACAAAGGUACAAAUGAAAAUUAACACAACUCAAGAGGAUGAUUCAUUAACGCUUAAAAAUGGAUUAACCUCCAAUUGUGACACGAUCAACCGUAAAAUCAACGGAUUUUCUAAACUUCAAACCAACGGCCUCGUACAGCAUCGGACUCUGAAAGAAACUGUCAUACCAAAGUCGUCAGUGCACAAAGAAUCAUUCGAAAAAGAGUCACUUAUUACAACAGCCCUAACACAUUUUGGUUUUUAUAUUCUUAUGUUCUUGGGAUUCGUUAAUCAAUUGCUGUUUACUCCAAAAGUAGCCCAGGAGAAAAAUAGAAAGGGUUACGCUCCACUUUACGAGAGUUUCGAGCUAUUUUACUUGCGCUAUGUUUACCGUAGAAUAAGAGAUUGCUGGAAUCGUCCAAUAUGUUCAGUGCCUGGAGCAAUGGUCACGUUAAAGGACAGAAUUACAAAAGAUCAUGGCUGGACUUUCGAAUUUACUGGAACUGAAACACCGUGCAUAAAUUUGGGUUCCUACAAUUAUCUUGGAUUUGCAGAAUCAACAGGUCCAUGCGCAAAUGAGAGUAUAAAUACACUUAAACAAUUUGGUUGUGCAAGUUGCAGUUCUCGACUUGAAUUAGGGAGUAUGCCAAUUCAUGACGAACUGGAGAAAUUAACAGCAAAAUUUCUGGGCGUUGAGGAUGCUAUUGUUUUUGGAAUGGGCUUUGCGACAAAUGCCUUAAAUCUUCCUUCGCUACUCAGUAAAGGUUGUUUGGUUCUUAGUGACGAGAAAAAUCACGCUUCUCUAAUUCUCGGCCUAAGAUUAUCCGGAGCAACGACAAGGGUCUUCAAACACAACAAUGUGAAGCAUUUGGAGGAAGUUUUGAAAAAUGCAAUAGUCUCCGGUCAACCAGAUGGCGGACGACCUUGGAAGAAAAUUGUAAUCGUUGUCGAGGGUAUUUAUUCAAUGGAGGGUUCGAUUGUCCACCUUCCCGAAAUAAUAGCAUUAAAAAAGAAAUACAAGGCCUAUCUUUAUUUAGAUGAAGCACACAGUACCGGUGCAAUGGGCAAACGAGGUCGAGGAGUCUCGGAUUAUUACGAAAUUGAUCCACGUGAAAUCGAUAUUCUUAUGGGGACUUUUACAAAAAGUUUCGGUUCUGCCGGCGGUUAUAUUGCUGGCACAAAGGAACUUAUAAAUCAUAUACGGAUUUAUAGUCACGCGCACACGUACGCUGUCGCAAUGUCACCGCCAAUUGCUCAGCAGAUUAUCACAUCGAUGAAAAUUAUUGCUGGUGAGGACGGAACAAACGCGGGUAAAAACAGAAUUAAACAACUUGCGAGAAACACCCGUUAUUUUCGAAAACGUUUAAAUCAAAUUGGAGUUAUUAUUUAUGGAAAUGAAGACUCGCCAGUUGUACCAAUGCUCGUCUACCUCUUCUCAAAAAUUGGAUCUGUUGUUCGUACACUAACUACAAAAAGUAUAGCCACUGUUGGCGUUGGAUUCCCAGCAACUCCCGUCAUGGAGGGUAGAAUUAGAUUUUGCCUUUCAGCCGCUCACACAAAGGAACAAUUGGAUUAUGUAUUGACGCAUAUUCAAGAGAUUUCCGAAAAAUUGGGACUCACGUACUCAAGAAAACCACGAGACCCAAAUCCAAUUGAGUAUUAUUCAGACACUGAAACCGAAUGACCGAGAAACUCUUUUUCUUGAACUUAUAUCUCCAACAGACAGCUGAGUCUCUCAGAACCAAAAAACGAAAAAAGAGAAAAAGAAGUUGUAUAAAUAAUUAUUCACCAAGAUAUCUCUCGAAAACGCUUUUUCAAAACUAAUUUUAAUAAGAGCUCCUAGUGGCUUUUAGAAAUAGACGACAAAAAAGAAAUAAGCCUUAAUAAAAAGUAGGGUCCAGAUAAAUUUUAAAGAAAAUUAUAAUCUCACGAUUUUUCGAUUUUUCAAAAUAGAAAACAAGAGUGUGAUAAUCUCUAAAAUUCAAACUUUUUUUGAAGAAAAAAAAAUAGAAAUAAGAAGACUUGGGAAAAUGUAGCAUUAACGAUUCAGAAAAAUAGAAUAGCUUUGAUAAAAAAAAAAAAUUAAACUACAGAAAGAAUUAAUUUUCUGUAUAAGAAAAAAAUUAAUAAUAAAAAAAUAGUUUAGGAAAUUUAUAGCAAUACAAACUGCCUUAUUUUCAUUGUUGAGUCUAUCGAAAAAUUAUUAAUAAAUCGAUGAUCAUUUUUUCUCUCCCCUACAAAAAGUAUUAAAUAAUUUAAGAAACAAAAAUUUCUCUCUUUUAAAAAAUAUCAAAAAACAAUGAAAAUAGAGAAAUUUCACUAUCAAAAGUAUUUUAUAAAUUAAAAAAAAAGGUCUACGAUUUAUUACGUAUAAUUCUCAACAUUAGUUCAAGUUUUUUUCAACUACUUUCUUAAAAAAAAAAAUAGUUACAGUUUUUGAAUGUUAAUUAUUUUGUAUCUCAAUUUCGACGAUCUCAGUGUUAUGUCAUUUUAAUCAUUAUACAUUUCAUUGCACAUUUUAUGUUUUUUUUCCUUUUAGUCAACAUUAAUCUCUAGUCGUUAAAGCAGUUACUUAUCAUUUUUUUUUAAUUUCGCAUUUCGUUAAAAUGAUGGAUAAAAAUUAUCACCAAAAAAAAUUCAAUUUCUGUAUAAAUAAUAAAGAAAAAAGGCAAAAUGUA